CCGGUUACUCGAUCAGUCGCAGUAAAAAACGAACCGUCAACGUGAUCGUUAUAUAGGUAGUGUUAUUUCGCUAUACGUACCGGCCACUGAGCAUGUGAUGUUUUCACACACGUAACGGUUAUUAUUAAAACAAAAUUUAUUUAAAAUGUUUAAAAUGAUUUGUCGGAAUCUAUUUUCAUUUACCGUGUGUUCUAUUUUAAUAAGUUCAUCGCUUUCAGCCACCAGGAUAAUAAAAGAAUCGCAUAUGAAUCCUCGUUUGAAGAGAGUAAGUCCAGAAAAUACUGCUGUGUACGGUUCUCGCACGCAGGACCGGAGGGACUCGUCCGCGGACAGCCAACAAUUCUUGCCGGCGUUCGGGCCGCUGUUCGGCCAACUCGGUCACCACUCCCGCCCACCCAGGCUGUACCAGGAGGCCGACUACCUGCCCGAACUGACGCCGUACCUGCAGACGGCCGCGGCGUCCAACCAAGAGAACGCCAUGCUGGGUUCCGGCAACUUCGGCGUCAUACCCGGUGGCACGUACUACGCGGCCGGCGAGACAGCUUCCGCUUCCGACCCGUACCUGUACGACGGCAACAGCCACGGACGACCGCACCGGUACGUUCAGGGGCACCGAAUAAAUGGCAAUAGGUUUUCCGGAAAUCCUAGACCAUCUGCAUUCCGUGACCCAGAUGACUUCUUUGCAGGGUUCCGAGACUUUGCGGAUAUUACAGCCCCUACAAAAUCAUCAUUCUCACAAUACCAUAUGGUAUACGCCCCAAUGGAAGAUUUACCAUCCAGCGAAGAAAAGGUCAAGUCGAAAAAGAAGAGGAAGUUAAACAAACAUUUAGAGAACGAAAAUGAUAAAACAAUUAAAGCUAAAAGAAAAAUGCACGCGGGUGAAAAGGAAUUAUACGAACCAAUGAUUGCACUCAGUUAGUCGAUAUGAAACAAAAAUGAGUGAAUAAUGAAGGUGUUAUUAUUGUUAUUAUUACUAUUAUUUUGAAGUACAAAGUAUUGGAAUUUCUUUUCUAUCGACCAUAGAGGUACAUAAGGGCUCUAACUACCAAAAUGCAAGAGCUCGAUUACUUCCAUCAUAUCGUUUUGGCAUUUAAAAUGUUUUAUUUAACAAAUAGAUCCAUCAAAAACACGGUUUCCCAAUGUACUAUACUAUUACUGUGUUAAUAUGUUAUUACUUAUAUUAAUAUAAUAUAUUAUGAAUUAUGACGUAUUAAUAGGUCAUAUUCAAAUUAAAAUAAAUAUUGUUUGUAUGCUUAGUUAUUAUUUUAUUAUUGUAUAAAAAUACCAAAUACUUAGUUGUAUACUGUUUAGUACUAAUGUAAAAUGAUUUGUAAAUACAUAUUUUUUAAAUAAAUGUUAAAAAUUGUUUAAAAA